GUCGGGGGGCGGGGCGGAGCGACAAAACUUUGUUAGCCCACCGCUAACUUCACUCCGUUGUCAGUUCAAGGAUGCUACGGACGUGAGGCGCCGCUCAAGAAACAACGCAGAGAUGACUUGUUAUGGAGAAGAGGGAGAGCAUGACCUGUGCACCAGGGCCACCUCACUGCUGUUGAACAGUAAAAAUGAGUUUGGAACAAGACUGCACCAGUUUAUGGAGGCGAGGAUGCAGACCACCAUGCUCACGGGAGUGCUGAUUGGUGCUGCAGUGGCAGUCUCACUCAUUGGGAUUGUGGUGCUCUUCCUUUACAAGCGCUACAAACACGCCCGUGAACAGCAACCUGGUGUGCCUCACUAUCGCUUCCGAAAGCGAGAUAAAGUGCUAUUCUAUGGAAGGAAGAUAAUGCGAAAGGUCCAGACGCUGUCUGCAAGUCCUGCUCCCACAUCAUCAUCUGUGUCAAAGCAACCACAGCGAAUACGCAAGAGAACCAAAGUUCUGAGCAUAGCACGCAAAAUUCUGAGGAUACGUAAAGACCCCCCCACUCUGCAGCCUAAGGAGCCACCUCCCUCUCUGCUGGAGGCUGACCUGACAGAGUUUGAUGUGCAGAGCUCAAAUCUUCCCUCUGAGGUUCUCUAUAUGCUGAAAAAUGUCAGGGUCUUGGGCCACUUUGAAAAGCCUCUGUUUCUGGAGCUGUGUCGCCACAUGGUGUUGAUUGAGCUGCAGGAGGGUGAAGGUCUUUUCAGGCCAGGAGAUGACGACGACAGCAUCUUUGUGGUCCAGGAUGGGCGACUUGAACUCUUCAUCCAGGAGAAUGAUGGCACAGAGUCGGUGGUGAAGGAUGUGCUCCCAGGAGACAGUGUUCACAGCCUGCUCAGUAUUCUGGACAUCAUCACUGGAUAUCCCGCUCCAUAUAAGACUGUGUCUGCUCGGGCGGCCACCCGCUCCACCAUCUUACGUUUACCAGCUUCAGCCUUUGAGUCGGUGUUUAAGAAGUACCCUGAGACUCUUGUGCGGGUCAUUCAGAUAAUCAUGGUGCGCCUUCAAAGAGUCACCUUUUUGGCGUUGCAUAACUAUCUGGGCCUAACAACAGAGCUCUUCAAUCCGGAGAGUCAAGCUGUGCCCUUAAGCAAUAUCAACAAUGUGAUGGCAGGAGAAGCAAAUUCUCAGAAGACGACUCGCCGUCUCCACUUCCAUGACGAGUUACCCGCUGGGACCGCAGACAUCCCCACAGAGCUAGAUGGCGUGAAGGACAGCCCUUCAAAUAGCCUCAGGAAGCAGCGGUCCAUCUCGAUGCCCGCCGACUGCACAGGGGUUGACCUGAACGUAGUAUGUGAGCGAGCUCGCGUCACUGUAGAUGAAGCCCCUCCCAGCCCCGUCGCCCACAAAUCCAAUCUGAAGAAGACUGUGACAAUGCAGCACGCGCCAUCCGAAGUGUUUCACUAUACAGACUGUGGAGGGCACUCUGAUACCAUCCACCUCAGUAAGAGCAACACCAUCUUCCAGGCUGCCAAGAAGGACCUGCUCAGCAUCAUCCAACUGCAGGACCCCAGUUUGCUGGAAGGCAGAGUGACCCUUCAUCACGUCAAAGCCGGCUCUGUAGUGGCUCGGCAGGGAGACCAGGAGGUGAGCAUCCAGUUCGUGAUCUCGGGCCUCCUCCAUGUUUACCAGCGGAUGAUCGACCGUGAAGAGGAGACCCGCCUGUUCGUCACGCAUCCCGGAGAGCUUGUUGGUCAACUCGCCGUCCUGACCGGGGAGCCCCUGAUAUUCACUGUUCGGGCCCAGCGAGACUGCAGCUUCCUCUCCAUCUCGAAAAACCACUUCUAUGAGAUGAUGCGCGAGGAGCCAAAAGUUGUGCUGAAUGUGGCUCACACGGUGGUGAGGAGGAUGUCGUCUUUUGUCAGACAGAUAGACUUCGCUCUGGAUUGGAUGGCUGUGGAGGCUGGAAGAGCUGUUUACAGGCAGGGAGAGAAGUCGGACAGUACUUUCAUCGUACUGAGUGGCCGACUGCGCUCUGUAAUCUUAAAGGAGGAUGGCAAGAAGGAGCUGAUAGGAGAGUACGGGCGUGGUGACCUGAUUGGAGUGGUGGAGGCUCUGACCCACCAGAACCGAGCCACGACGGUCCACGCUGUGCGAGACUCCGAGCUGGCGAAGCUGCCUGAAGGAGCUCUCAGCUCCAUCAAGAGGAAGUUUCCACAAGUUGUCACCCGGUUGAUCCACUUACUUGGACAGAAAAUCCUUCAGCAGGUCAAUGGUCCUCUAACAGCUCGAAGCUUAGCCCUUCACACUCCAGGAAGCAAGUGGGAUGCGGGAAACCAAGCCUCCAACCUCUCCACCGUGGCCGUCCUGCCCGUAUCAGAGGAGGUUCCUCUGACUGCCUUCACCUUGGAGCUGCAGCAUGCGCUCAUCGCGAUUGGUCCCACUCUUCUGUUGACCAGUGAUAUUAUCAAACAGCGCCUGGGAGCUGCAGCUCUAGACAGUGUCCACGAGUACCGUCUGUCCAGCUGGCUGGGCCAACAAGAGGACAUCCAUCGCAUCGUUCUCUACCAGACCGACUACACACUGACCCCGUGGACGCAGCGCUGCAUCCGUCAGGCGGACUGCAUCAUAAUCGUGGGCCUCGGGGAGCAGGACCCCGCUGUCGGGGAGCUGGAGCGCAUGUUGGAGGGGAGUGCUGUGCGUGCCCAGAAGCAGCUGGUGCUGUUACACAGGGAGGACGGCCCGCCGCCCAAAGGAACGGUGGAGUGGCUCAACAUGCGGAGCUGGAUCUCCAGACACCUCCACCUCUCCUGUCCCCGGAGGGUCUUCUCCAAAAGGAGUCUACCCAAACUGCUGGAGCUGUAUCAGCGUGUGUUUGAGAAGCCGGCGGACCGCCACUCUGACUUCUCCCGGCUCGCCCGUGUCCUCACUGGAAAUGCAAUCGCUCUUAUUCUGGGAGGAGGAGGGGCCAGGGGUUGCUCCCAGGUAGGCAUAAUACGAGCGCUCUGCGAGGCCGGCAUCCCGGUAGACCUCAUUGGCGGCACUUCAAUCGGUUCCCUGAUGGGGGCGCUCUAUGCUGAGGACCGCAGCCACAGCCGCAUGAGGAUCCGGGCCAGAGAAUUAGCAAUGGAAAUGACCUCUGUGUUCAAGAAGGUUCUGGACCUGACAUACCCAGUCACCUCCAUGUUUUCAGGCGCCGCCUUCAACUCCAGCAUCAGCAAUAUCUUCAAAGGCAAACAGAUCGAGGACCUUUGGAUCCCAUAUUUCAACAUCACCACUGAUAUCACUGCCUCAACCAUGAGAGUACACACUGAUGGUUCUCUGUGGCGGUAUGUUCGCGCCAGCAUGUCUCUGUCAGGAUAUCUGCCUCCUCUCUGCGAUCCCAAAGACGGACACCUUCUGAUGGACGGAGGCUACAUCAACAACCUGCCUGCUGAUGUGGCGCGCUCCAUGGGGGCCAAAGUGGUGAUAGCUAUCGACGUGGGCAGCCGGGAUGAAACCAACCUCACUAAUUAUGGCGACUCACUCUCAGGCUGGUGGCUGCUAUGGAAACGCCUCAACCCCCUAGCUGAGAAAGUGAAGGUGUUGAACAUGGCGGAGAUUCAGACUCGGCUGGCCUACGUGUGUUGCGUGAGGCAGCUCGAGUCCGUCAAGAACAGCGAAUACUGCGAGUACAUCCGACCUCCGAUCGACAGAUAUCGCACACUGGAGUUUGGCAAGUUUGAUGAGAUUGCCGAGGUGGGAUACCAGCAUGGCAAGACUGUGUUCGAUGUGUGGAUUCGCAGCGGUGUGGUGGAGAAAAUGUUGAAAGACAGACAUCAAGAGGAGUUCCACCACACGCAAAGCAAGAAUAAUGUGGUGACGUGUCCCAACGCAUCCUUCACGGACCUGGCAGAAAUUGUGUCCCGCAUCGAGCCCGUCAAACCUGCUCUGGUGGACGACGAGUCAGAUUACCACACGGACUACGAAGAGGAGGCGCUGGAGAGCGCGCUGUCUGACAUGGAAGCGUACAACCGCCAUGGAGAGCACACCGAAGGGGAGGAGACGGCCGACACGGACGACGAGCUGGACGGGAGACACGUGCGCACCAUUACCUCACGCCCCAGCUCCCACGCUCCGUUUCCUGUCGUCCCUGACGAGGCGCCGGACGAGUCGCCGCCGCCGCAGCGAGUCCAUCCUUAACAGUCCAUUAAAUGAAGCCCGGGCCGAUGAACUCCGCCCGAACAGGUCGUCACAGUUUAACCUGCCUGUCCUCGCCACAUUUUUCUUUCCGUGACUCCACCUUCUCUCAAGUGACCGUGAUCCCCGGUCUGACUUGUGUAACCCGGCCUUGUUAACCGCCUAGCUGACAGAACACAGUGCGUAAUGCAUAAUGCACAGUCCCUCAGAGAAAAGUGAGCGCCAGCGUGCGGCGGCACCUGUGUUUCUCCAAUUUAUAGAGCGUAUGGAAGUGUAGUCGUUUCUCAUAUUGAGAUCAUUCCUUGCAGCUCUACGUCAGUCACAGCAGUUCAAAGGAAGAUAAGGCAGGGGCUUUGAGGAGAUACUAUUUCCAUGAAAUAUUUAUCACUUCUACACCAAUGAAAACUAAUACUCCUCGUUUAUUAUGUUUAGAUUUGAUAACUAGAACUAAAACUAGGUUGUGGUCAGUGCACUCAAAUUAGACAACAUUUUUAUGCGUUCCUGUUUUCUUACCAUGAAUAGGUUUGAAUUUUGUCAGUUUUAACCUCUCCAUUUCUGAGAUCUCUGCCACACCAGCCUAUUCAAGAGCUGCAAAAACUCGAGGAAGACGCACCAAAUGUUCACCUUAUUCGCUUAUCUUUAAAUUCAGAGCAGUUUUCAAGGAGGAAAAAUGGUUAAACUGUCCAGUUGCUUUUGUCUUCACUGUUACAAUGUGAAAUAAAUUGUCAAAUUUAGUGGUUUUUAUGUAACAGUCACAAAUGAGACAAAGUAUUUCAUAAGUGUGCUGAUGGUAUUGUAGCAGGUGUAUUAUGUGCAAACUGUUGGUAGUAAAAUCGGUUUAUCUUUUUCUGAUUGAGAGGAAAAUUCUUCUACUUUUCUAUUGGGAUGAACAUGGUGGGAAAGUUAAUUUUAGGAGGGUCAGAGAUUUCAGAAAUGGAGUGUUUGAAAAGUCGCACAUAACAAAACAAAACUGUUCAUUCCAAUAUUUUCAUUCAUUAUUGGUGGGGGGGAACAGCAGAAGCAAUCUCGGAGUCAGGGGAAACCUUUUUCCAGAAUGUUUGUUCCCUUGAAUUUUUUUUAGGAAAUCAUGAUUACAAAAUAUAUAACCAGUAACUAUUUCAUCAACGAUCAUACUGCCGUUACUGGGUUUACUAAAGGAUUAAUGGAGAUCAGUUAAAAUUUGAAAGAUAAUCUUGGAAAACAUAAAAUGACUUGACGAUUCUGUGCAGACGCCAGAUGUUUUAAAUGAGAAACAUCUAACCAGUAGGUGAAGGGUUGAGCUUUUUAUUGCCUCUGGAUCCCAGCAGCCAUUUUCAAUGUUAGUCAGUGUGUUAGUCAUUCGAAAUGAUUCCAUAGAAGUAGUGGGCGUCUCCUCCCUCCUCUGCUUCUUAUAAUCUAGAUUAAACCAACCUGGAAACAUCAGAGACAUGCUAAGACACUCCACCUGGGGGAGAUUAAAGGUCAGCGUUUCCUUCUUGUCGUCCUCGUGCUCCUUGUUCAAUAUUGCAUUUGAGUUGGAAGUCUCUCUUGCGUCACUUCUCCGUGGCUCAGCUGGCUUUGGCGAGAUUGCCUUCAUAUCAGACCCGCUUGAUAUUCAUCACACCGAUCCUUUCACUGUGCUGAUGACACAUUACAGUAUUCGACGGAGUGUUUUUAAAAAAAGGGUUUUCCAUCAAUAAUUCAUGCCAUUUGAGUAAAUAGCCGCGGUCAGACGUGACCCUUAGCUUCCAGGCCUGCUCGCCGUUGCUUUGACGUUUGCCCAAAUUGCCGUUCCUCUGCUGUGGCCUCUUCACUCUCGAGCCGCUUCUCUUACUACAGACGCGUGAAGAGGGGAAUUUCAUUCACCAGAUGUGCCGUAGCUUCUGCCAAAUCAAUAUGCGAUGCCUUUCGAGCUGUAUUCUGGAUAAUAACAUUUAUUUGAGGUUAAAUUGGGGCUCCAGCAAUUUGAGUUGAAUCAGUCUGUGCAGACAUAUUCCUGAGGUCUUCUCUUUCACGCAGAUUGCCUUUUGAAGGCCAUUGAACAGGAACUUUUCUUUAGCAUUUCAUGGAGCAACAAGUCAGUAAUUUUCCAUUCCUGCAUGUGAGCCCAUGUUAGAUGAUUCCAUCAUUCAUGAGACCCAGGUCCAAUGAAAUUCUCCUGACUUGCGGAAAAACAGAAUAAAAGCGCAGUGAGGUUGCAGGUGAUCCAAAAGCGAUGCACUCAAAUGUUAAAGCAUUAGGAAAGACUCAACUCCCAUGGAAAAGCUGCACUCAUUAGACUUGCAGAUUUGCAGAUAUAGUCCUUAAUGAGGGAUGUGAAACAUAAUACAAAUUCAAAUCUGUUAUUGAUUUGUAAUUUUUGCACAUAUUCCCCCUCACAGACAGAUCCUACAGAUCCGUAGGUACAGGUAGUUCUAUGUUAGCUGAGCCACCACUGAGAAUGUUCAAGUUCGCUACAUGUAAAAACAACUAAAGGGCAAAACAAGCUCCAAAACGUGUACAGAAAACUUUGCACGUUGGUCAGAAGUCUGCUUAUUUUAAAGGGACAGUGUGGAAUUAUGCUGAGCUACGUUUUAUUAAAAUAAGCUAGUUCAAAGAAAGCGAUCAUAAUGGAAUUAAAUUCAUGUCUUUGUGUUUUGAUGUAAGUUUGACUACCUAAGUUAGUACGCUAAGCACUAAGCUCCAGCCCAUCCAGCCUCUCAGGCCUGCUGCUGCUUCACUGACUCAUUACUGCCACCUGCUGUACAGUAGUGGCAUGACCUAAAUGUUAAUAUACUGUACCUUUAAGGUGGUGCUCCCAAAAAGGUGCUCAAAUAUGUUUUUACUUUUUUACCCUCGUGUCUUUGUGAUGAUCCCCACCUUUCCAAGCAGUGCAAAUUCACAAACAGAGCAAAAUAAGCUCCACGAUCAUGGCCUUUGACUCACUUUUUCGUUGCCGGCGUGCCAGAGACACACUGAGAAUGAAUGAUCACCAUCCUCUUCAAAGCCUUUCGGCUGGUGAAAACGCCGCUCUGCUCACCCAGCCUGCAUUUGUUCUCUGUUGGGUGAAGUUUUGUGGUGAAACUCGACUGAUCUCUGAAGCGUUUAAGCGCAGGGGUCGUCACAGGAACAUGUAAGACAAAUUCAGGGGCGUUGUCAGAUCGAGUUAAGAUUGUUUUUCACCGGUUUGGACCUAAGGUUUUUUAAAUUUUUUUCUAAUUUUUUCUAAUUUCCAAUGGAGAAACAGAUUUACUGCAAACCACUGAAAAGAUCAAUAAUAAAUGUGUACUAGUAUUUGAAGUGUGAAACUGACUAAUCAAAUGUUUAAAAUAUUUAAGCUAAUGCCCGAGAUGAUUACAGAGGUCACAGGAGCUGGACAAUCACACCAGUAAUGCAAAUAAAAGCACAAAUUAACACAUUUUUACAUUAUUUAAAUAACCAUCACUAUGUCUAAAAUGAUCACGUUUGCAAUAUUUUAUAAUUAUUUGUUGUUCUGAUUAUUACAUUAUUUCUUUCCGAUUAGGUGUACAGAGAUAUUAUUCUUUGACUGUUGGGAGAAUUUGGACAAAACUGUGGAGUCCAAAGUAAGAUCACUUUCACCAAUAAAUGGUACUUGACGUCAGACCCAAAGAUGUGAGGACAGUUUUUCCUGAUGGUUCUACAACCAGAAGCAAAAACGUCUUAAUUUGCUAUUCAAAUAGUUAAUAAUUAGUUAUCUGGGAACACAGAAUGCUACUGCAGCUAGGUAAUAAUAAUAAUAAUAAUAAUGAUAUACUUCAGAUUUAAAAUGAUGCAUUCAAGAGAACUUUUCGCUCUUAAAAAAAAAAAAAAAUCUAUGCAAUACCAUGUUUAAUCUAUCAGGUGAUUGACUCUUCCAUAUGGCAACUCUGUUAUUAUUCGCUAUAUUUUAAUUUACUUAAUGACUAACAUACCUCAAAACAAAAACAGAUUUGCAAUAAGUAAACCAUCCAGUUAAGCCCCAAUCAAUAGUUUUGCAUUUUUUUUUCCUUUUCCUCUUGUGGACGUCCCCUGAAUGUUUCCUGCUAGAAACUGGCACUGCCUUGCCUGCAGCUACAUGUGCAGACAGUGAGAGGAGAAACACUAUGGGGACCCCAUAUGGUGUCGCUAAAUGAAGUCUGGACAGGGAAUGUGAGAGCAAUCCAGAGAGAGGAAGACAUUCGGUGUUUACCUCUGAGCUGAUGUUUUGUUUUUUGUUUUUUUUUUGUUUUUCUAUUUGUACUUGAACCGAGAGCUGAGAAUUAAUGUUGCCUGACAGAAUGAAUGGAUGUUUCACUACUUUAUUAAAUGGGACGCGGAUGCUGAUGGGGCGCUGAUGUAAUGUGUGGAAUUGUGCCAAGACUUUAAUGUUACAAAGCCUUAGACGACCCAUGUGGGGGGAAUAAAAAAAACAACCACUCGUGCCCUCAUUUGACUUCCAUCUUGAUUUCUAUGAUGAAGUUUACUAACAAGCCUGGAACAUACGACACAAGUCUACUUCUAUGUGUUUUGAUAACUACAAUUAAACCACUGUUUGUU